CACAAAUUGGAUUUCUUUAUUCCUUUCCAACGGAUGAAAAGGCAAAAAUAUAUCGCAGUAAAAUUAAAAUUUACGCAGAUACAAUUAUUCCCAAUCAUGGGUUUUGCUCCUCCAAGCUCAGAGCACAUUAACAAUGGCGAAUCUAUUACCGUAUGCUGUUUCUAGUAAAGAAAGGUCGAGUCUCGAUAGCAGAGAAUAGAGCUGGGAUUUGGAUUUCGGAAACCCUAACUUGCACUGAAUCUCGGACUGUACCUUUUACAUUUUCAUUUUUGGGGAAUUCUUACCAUUUAUAUGAGGGAGAUGGACAGAUCGAGAUCUAAACGAUACUAUUAUGACCAUGACUAUGAAUCUGAAACCCUACACUCGCGGAGCAAGCCGCGCUACGGCGGCGGCGGUGGAGGCCACCAUUAUGCUCCGAGCCACGGCCACCACAGGCGCUCCUCCGGCGGAGGUGAGGGAAGGAAAAUGCAGGAUCCUUCUCCGAUGGUGACGACGAGCUACCGGAUUCUGUGCCACGACGUGAAGGUCGACGGUGUGAUUGGGAAAUCCGGCAGUAUAAUCAAAGCAAUCAGGCAGCAAACGGGAGCUUUCGUCAAUGUUCACGAGCUGGCUCCGGGGGAUGAGGAGAGGAUUAUCGAGAUUUCUGACGCCCGGCGGCGGGACCAAGAUAGUCUAAUGCGGUCCUUUUCGCCUGCGCAGGAAGCACUAAUGUUGAUACACGACAGGAUUGUGGAGAGUGAGAUGGAAGGUUACGGGCAUAAUGUGGGGUUUGGGGAAGAUGAAAAUGGCGGUCGAGUAGUGACGAGGCUGGUGGUCUCGAAGAUGCAUGUCGGGUGUUUGAUGGGGAAAGGAGGGAAGAUAAUCGAGCAGAUGAGGAUCGAGACAAGGACUCAUAUCAGGAUUUUGCCCAGGGACCAUAAUUUGCCGCGUUGUGUGGCGAUGUCGGAGGAGAUUGUUCAGGUGGUUGGUGAUGUUAAUGCCGUGAAGAAUGCUAUAGCAGUAAUAGCUUCACGUUUGAGGGAGAGCCAACAUCGUGACAGAGGCCAAUUUAGUAAUCGGCUGCAUCCCCCGGAUGAUUUCUACCCUGCUGAUGACGAUUUCCGUGCACACAACAAAAGAGGGUGUUCCUCUAUUGAAAGGCCAAGUUUUGGAUCAAGAUACUCGGGUGGUUCAAGGAGCAACAGUUAUUCCACUACAUUAGCCGACAAUGCUCGGAAUUUUUCUGGUGAUAGUAUUGUGUUUCGCAUACUUUGUCCUGUUGACAAGCUUGAUAGCGUUGUUAGCGAGUCAGAUGGGAUUGUGGAUUUGCUUCGAAAUGAAAUAGGUGUGAAUGUUGAGGGUCCAGAUGAUGAGUUGUUUCCUGCUCAAGAAGCUUUGUUGCAUAUACAGAACCGCAUUGUUGAUCUUGUCCCGAAAAAGGAAAAUAUUAUUACCACUCGGUUACUAUUGCAAUCGGAUGAAAUUGGUUCUCUGCUUGAGGUGGAGAACAUAGGCAACGCAAAUAUAAAGAUCUUACCUAGAGAAGAGCUUCCCGUAGGAUUAUCAGGGACAGAUAAGAUUUUACAGAUAGUUGGGGAGAUCAAGGCUGCUCGAGAGGCUUUGGUGGAGGUGACCUUAAGGGUUCGGGGUUACAUAUACCGGGAGUUUCAUGAGGAAGUUUCUAGAACUAAUGCACCUCCAUCUUCUGAAAUCGAAGCUGGGAAAGGUCCCGUUAAUUUAAUGUCUCAGAGUUCAUCGGCUGCUUCAGCCCCACAAAAGGCUAAAGAUGUGGGCCCACCUAAUGUUGAAAUACUGAAGCAAAACGAGAGUGAACGAGUCAAAGAACAGCCCAGCGGAAUGAAUAGAAUAUCUGUACCACUUGUCACCAGAAGUACACUGGAAAUUGUUAUAUCGCCUUAUGUGGCAUCUGAACUCGCAAAGAAAUCAAGAAAGCUAGCUUUGAUCAGUGAGCUCUCGGGAGCAAAUGUGAAACUUAUUGAUGACAGACCAGAGGCAACAGAGAAGAUUAUUCAAAUAUCAGGUUCUCCGGAGCAAGCUGAGAGAGCUCAGACUAAAGUUUCGAUUUCGAGGUGUAAUUUUAGGCUUUAUAGGGUGCCAUUUAGCCGUUUCUAUGGACGGCUGAGAGGUUUGGCCGUGGAUAGCUCGUCCGAACAGCGUUUAUCUUCUGGUGAUUUGGACCCAAACCAUAGCUUGGCCGAUCUAGAAGCGCAACUUCAAGAAUUAUUUGAUGAAGUUAAGAGGAUGAUUAAACUAGGAAAAGAAGAUGAUGCUGUGAAUUUGCUUCAGGCAAAUUAUGAAGCUGUUAAGGAACAGCUGGAUUCAGGUGCUCGAGGCAUAGAAGAGGCUGCUGUUCUUGAUGUCAUAGCUUUAGGGUAUAUGGCCCUUGGAGAUUUCAGGACUGUAGGGUCUCUAAUGAAUGAGCUGAGUGAGAUUGUGAUUAGUUUGAGAGAUGACGAGCUUUUCCUUGAUAUUAUACUCAUGCACAUGGGAAGUAUGUAUCACACGUUGGAAAACUUUGAGUUUUCCAUUCAUUCCUACAGAAGAUGCAAGCAAAUCCUGGAGAGGAAAUAUGGAACUGAGACCCCUUAUCUUGGCACACCAUUGCUGGGAAUGGCUAAAGUGCUGGCUGAUAGUGGAAAAGCAACUGAAGCUAUUGAAAUGUACCAGCGAGUUAUUAAAAUAUUGAAGUCUAGUAGAGGAAAAGAGGAUGAGGCAUUGGUAUUGCCGUUAUGUGAACUGGGCAAUCUUCUAGUACAGCAGGGAAAAACAUCAGAUGCCGAAUGCACAUUCAGUCGAGUUGUAGAUAUUUAUAUCAAUUCAUAUGGUGAAAAAGAUGGAAGAGUAGGAAUGGCUAUGUGUUACUUGGCCAAGGUGAAAUGCGCGGAAGGAAAUGCGAACGAGGCAAUUGAUCUAUACAAGAGUGCUAUCCAGAUCAUCAGGGAUUCAAAAACCAUGUCAUUGGAUAGUGAAUUCAUGAUGAGGAUGAGAGUAGAGUUAGCUGGAUUACUUCAUGCCGUGGGAAGUGGGGAAGAAGGCCGGGUCCUGCUAGAAGAAUGCUUAUCAAUUACGAAAAAAUCUAAAGGGAAUGAUGAUCCCAGUUUAGUUCCCCACCUUGUGAAUCUUGCAACCUCCUAUUCACGCUUUAAGAACUAUGCUGAGGCCGAGCGCUUGCUGAGGAUAAGUUUACAGAUUAUGAAGAAAAAUGUGGCCCCUGAUGACCCAUCAAUUACCUUUCCCAUGCUAGAUUUGGCUGUUACUCUCUUCAAUCUGCACCGUGAUGAAGAAGCUGAAAGACUUACAAUGGAUGUUUUAGACCUCCGAGAGGCUCUCGAUUGUUUGGUGUCCAUUCAGACACGAAUGGAGAAGGAUGACAGUUUGUUGUUGGGCCAGCUCAAGAGAGUUUUGAAGAUUCAGGAAAAAGCUUUUGGCAGUGAUAGCGAAGAGGUAUGCGCACUUCACGUCCAUUUGCUCUCCUAUUUGUCUUUCAAUGUGAAAAAUGUGCUUUCAGAAAGUGGGUUCUGUUUUAUAACUGGUACACAACUUUUUGCAGCUCAGAAAGCAACGGAAAUCAUUGCUUUCACAUGUUAUGACGGCCACAGGUUGAAAAUGCCGUUCUGCUACGUGGACGCGCACGGCAACAAAGAUGGGGACGCAACGAAUAGUAACGGCGGCGGUAUCAAGCUUUUCUACAGAACCUACGGCCGAGGACCCGUCAAAGUCCUCAUGAUCAUCGGAUUGGCUGGGACCCAUGAUUCGUGGAAUCCUCAGAUAGAGGGCCUGGUCGGGACAGUAACACCGAACGAUGACGAAUCGCCGGACACCGGCGAUCGGAGCGGCGAGAGCGGCGGCGGGGUUUCCGGCGUGGAGAUUUGCGCAUUUGAUAAUCGUGGAAUGGGUCGGAGCUCCGUUCCCAAGAAAAAAUCCGACUAUUCGACGAAAAUUAUGGCAAAAGAUGCAAUAGCUCUAAUGGAUCAUCUGGGGUGGGGAAAAGCUCAUGUAUUUGGCCAUUCAAUGGGUGGUAUGAUUGCUUGUAAGUUUGCUGCCAUGGUGCCUGAAAGAGUUUCGUCUCUGGCCCUGUCGAAUGUCACUGGUGGAGGUUAUGAAUGUAUACCAAAGAUGUGCCAUGCAAAACGACUUGCAGAGAAAUUAUAUCCUUGUGCAAGAAUGGUUGAGCUUAAUGGUGGCCAUCUUGUGAGCCAUGAGAGAACUGAAGAGGUCAAUCGAGCUCUUAUUGAGUUGAUCAAGGCAUCACAGAGUAUGGUGAAACUACACGAUUGGACGAAUUUGUCCAAUAAAAGCAAUGAUUGCAAACAGCCUAUUGGUGUCCCCACUCCACAUGCCGCCAUGUUGAGAGGCCGCAACUUAGAGAUAAAUUAUGAUUCUGAGGAAACUGCCCGCAUGGUUCGUGCUGCAUUAUCCGUUGAUAAGGAGUUGCAUCCACAUAAGGUGAAAAGGGAAAUGUCAGUCUCCGGUGGUCAGCUUUCUGUUCGUUUUGAGGCAGUUGAAGCCAGAUUCCUCUGUGCAUCGUACAGUGCUUUUGUGGAUGUUCUUACGCUUGCUACGAAGACAAUUGAAGAAAUUGUUCAUUGA